AUGUCUUUAUUUCCAACUUUUAAAUCUGUUUUUAAGAUGUUAAAGACAAUGAAUGAAGGAUAACCAAAAUUAGCUUAAUAAGUUGAAUAAACUUAAAUAGUUUUAAGUUUCUCUUAAUAAUACAAAAAUAAUAAUAUAAAUAUUGAAAAUGAUGGAAAAAUUGCAAUAUGUAAUAGUCCAGAACUUUAUAAAAAUCACUUUGUAAUUUGUGAAUAAAAGAUUCCAAAAAAUGGAUGUUUCUCAUUUUCAUUCAAAAUAGGUGGUUGGGUAAUGAUUGGUGUAUGUGAUAAAUAGAAAAUAUUAGAGUAAAAAUAUAUUGCAUAAUUUGAAUAAUCUUAUGGACAUGGGUAAAAUAAAUAUAAUUUAAUUUAAGUUGUUAUUUAAUUGAAAAUGAUGGGACUUUAUAUUCCUCAUUGAAAAUAGAAAAAAGUAGCGAAAAGGCCUUUUCUUAUACAGAAUAUGAUAUUGUUUCAGUUUUAAUAGAUAUGGAUCAGAAAUUAAUAAAAUGGAAGAAACUUAAUAAAACAGAGAAUUUUGAAAUGAAAAUAGAGACAUCUAAUGAUUUAUACCCUUGCAUAGGUUUAGGGUAGGCUUGGGUUGAGAUUAUUUGA